GCAGACCCUAAAGCGAAACCCAAGGCUCCUGUAGUUGCCGAGGCACAGCCAGAGUGAGGGCCUCGGGCCCCGCAGGGGUCUCCCAGGUACAUGCCUAUUUCUGUGCCCACCCCGUGCUGGGUGAGACUGGGGCCCCAAGAGCCUCAGCCUCAUCUCCACCCUUGAGGAGAUAGCACAUGGGAACCAGGCUGGACCAGGAGGAGAGCCAGGGCUGGCGGGGUCCAGAGAAGCAGGAAGAACCUUCUGGGGGCACUGUGCCAGGUGAUGCUGGGGACCCAGAAAAAUCCGAAAGAACCUAGCCCUGGACCCCAUCCCCAAGAGCCCCUAAUAUGGGAGAGACAGAACCAGACACAUGUUCCACGAGGCAAGGCUAAGCCAGAGGCGGGAAUGGUGGGAAAGAUGGAAGACAGAUGGAUGCCAGGGCUUUGUCCUGGAGAAGAGGCAAGAAAGCUGCCUGGAGGAGGGAUAUUCUUGCUGGGUCUUGAAGAAUAAACAAGAGUUCUCCCAGGUCCCCCCUCACCCCUGGAAGCCAUGACUGAGGCCAGAAGGCUGCCCCCACCACUGCCUCCACGACUGGACUGGUUCGUGCAGACGCAGGUGGACCAGCUGACCUGUGAAGGGGUCCCUGAAUGGUUCCAUGGUGCCAUCUCGAGAGAGGAUGCUGAGAACUUGCUGGAGUCACAGCCCCUGGGAUCCUUCCUCAUCAGGGUCAGUCACAGUCACGUGGGCUACACGCUGUCUUACAAAGCUCAGAACUGCUGCCACCACUUCAUGGUGAAACUGUUGGAUGAUGGGAGCUUCAUGAUCCCUGGGGAAGAGAGGGCCCAUGACUCUCUAGAUGCUUUGGUCACCUUCUAUCAGCAGCAGCCACUGCGGCCACAUGGGGACCUGCUGAUGCAAUCCUGCCGACAGAAGGAUCCAGAAAAUGUGGAUUAUGAAGAUCUCUUCCUUUACUCCAAUGCAUUGGUUGAAGAAGCCACCAGGUCUGCCCUUGGCUUCGGUGAACAUCAGAUUCCCUCCUCUUAUCCCAUGGCCCCGCUCAAGGAGGCCUCUGCAAAGUCAGGCCUGCUCCAUCAGUCAAAGGAAAGGAAGCUGUCAGCAAGGCUGGUAGGUGCAUCCAUGGAGGGUCCUCUUGGGGAGGCGCGUCAGAAACUCUGGAGGAACCUCAAGAUGCUCCCCAAGACAGGCAAGAAGGUCCAGCAGCAGCUGAAAUCCCACCUGGCGGCUUUGAGCUCAUCGUCAGUGACCGACGGCUCGGAAACCAGGACAGGUGACACAGCCUGGGAAAAUCACGUCGACAAGGACCGCUUUGUGGCCACGUCCCCCGCGAGCCCCCCACAGCCCGGAGCUCCCAGAGACAGACGGGGCCCCUCCAGGAAAACCUCAAGGUCCGUCAGCUGGAGCGAGGCAACCUCGAAGGUCAAGGACUGGCACCAGACAGUAGUAAGGGUCCUGUCCUUACAGGCGUCCAAGCCAGACCCAGUGGACUUGAGAGAGCCACAGGACUCUCUCCCCGAGGAGUACCGCCCCCCGCCACCCUUCGCCCCUGGGUACUGCUAGGUUCGCCCUGGCUCUGGGACCCUCACUGCUGGGGGCUGUUCAUGCCUGGGCGUCUUGCUUUCUGCCGCAACCCACUAGCCCUCAGGGACCUGAGAGAUGUAAUAAAAAUAUUGCUUGGGUCUGGUCCUAUGAUUGCCA